AUGAAUAAGCCAUCUUCUAGAACAUUAACAAAUUCAACUCCUGAUCCUGAAUCACCUGUAGACAUGGUUUCUAUUGAUUCAAACUCAAAAUAUUAUAAUGCAGAUAUAAAGCAAAAAUGUUUGAAUCCUGAUGGCAGUCUCUCUUGUUCUUCGUGUGAUGCAAAAAUGAAUUCUUGGGAGCAAGUAGCCGCUCAUAUUCGUGGACGUAAACACCAAAGUAAAUCAAAUGUCAACACAAUAGACAGCAAAAAUUUGGAAACCACAAACACAUUACUAGAUGGCGGUGAUUCAAAAAGUAUUUUCUAUCGAUGUGAAAAUUGUGAAGCGAUAGUAUUUAGUUCAGCGAUGCAAGAACAUUUAGAAUCUGAAGAGCAUAAAUUGGAAACUGCCAAAAUCCAUCGAAGCUCAGUAAUACCACAUCCCUUAAGUAAAGAUGGUUUCGACCAUGUCCUACCACUACGGGAAUAUCGUCGAUCCUGUCAAGAAGUUUUGCGUCCUGUAUGGCCUUCAGUGAAAUUUACUGAUGCAGAGGCUAACCUUUUAAUGGAAGCAGCGAAGAAUGAUGAUGAUUGUAUUUUACUCUUGUCGUCAUCUGAUGGUCGAUCACGUGUUGGUUUACAUUUAGCCAAUGCCCUGUUGAUAGCUAAUCGGAAUUUCCCUCCGUUCAAUAUUUUUGGUAGUCCAUUGAAACCAAGUACUAGUACUACUACUACUCCUACUGAUAUUACAUGUGUGCUAUGGAUUGCACCCGAGAAACCAAUGACUACAACUACAAAACGUUCUCAUUCUACGUUUACAUUUCAGCCGGGUGGUGAAAAAAGUUCCACUGGGCGUCCAUUGAUUUUUGCAUAUCUACCGUUCGAUCCGUCAGUCCUAUCAGAAACUGAUAUCGUGAGAACAAAUUCUGGUGGCUUUAUAACACAUUUAGCCUGGUUACUUAUGCUGCAAACAUGUUCAUUAUUUCUCUCUUCAAGCAUCUGUCUGUCGUAUAUCUUUACCUGCACUUGA